AUGGCUUUUGCUAUUGCUCUGCUGUGCCUUCUUCUAACAGGCCUCGUUGGUAUCAUCAUUUUUACUGCUUACACAAAUAAACUUGCUAGACAUUCAGCACAAGCUCGCCAUGCCAUCAUCAAGCAGCUUGGCAUCUCCACCACAUCAAACCCUCAAUUCAUCGGUUUCUUCCAUCCUUACUGCAAUGCAGGUGGGGGAGGCGAACGUGUCCUCUGGACCGCUAUAGCGGCUACCCAACGUGCACAUCCUAACUGUGUCUCAUUAGUAUAUACUGGAGACGUCGACGCGACAAAAGAACAGAUUAUAGCUCAAGUCGAAGCACGCUUCAAUAUCUCUCUUGAUCCCAAAUCUUUACAUUUCGUCUUCCUAAAGAGAAGACGUUUAGUUGAGGAUGCCGCUUGGCCGCGUUUUACACUUCUUGGCCAGAGUCUUGGGUCCAUGUUCCUCGCUUGGGAAGCUUUAUCCCAAGUUAUCCCAGACUUAUACAUUGACAGCAUGGGUUACGCUUUCACAUUCCACAUAGUUGCAUGGAUCACUAAGGGAUCCAUACCUGUGGGUGCAUAUAUCCAUUAUCCAACAAUCAGUACGGAUAUGCUGGCCCGCGUGAGGGCCAGAAAGGUGGGUCAUACAAAUCGCGGAGACGUCGCAGGCUCGUUGGUAUUGAGCCGCGGGAAGAUGUGGUAUUACCGUUUCCUGAUGUAUCACUACUCCUUGGCGCUCUCCCGCCCUUCCUUUAUUAUGGCAAACUCCAGCUGGACAAAGAAUCACGUCGAUGCAAUACUCUCGCACUCCGACCCCGUCAUGAACGUAAUGCACUUCCUCAACCCCCUUUUCAUCCUUCGUCUCUUUGCGACUACAUUCAAGUCAAAGAAACUCCACGCCGAUUCAGCAAGCAAGAAACCAGAAGCCGAUAUCGUCUACCCGCCAUGCGAUACCCGCGAGAUGGCACAAUUCCCAUUGGACGAGAGGGAAAGAAUCAUUCUGAGUAUCGCACAAUUCAGGCCAGAAAAAGACCACCCUGCUCAACUUCGCGCUUUUGCACAGUUAUUGGCCGAUCACCCAACUUAUACUUCUGGCUCCUCUUCUGUGCAACUUUUCCUACUGGGUGGCGCACGUAACGCGGACGACCACGCCCGCGUGCAGUCUCUUAGAAAUCUCGCAGAAAAACUCAAGAUAACCCCUUACGUCCAGUUCAUCGUCAACGCAAGUUACCCGGAAAUGCUCGGCUGGCUCGCAAUGGCUAGCAUCGGGCUCAGCACGAUGGUGGACGAACAUUUUGGAAUCAACGUCGUUGAAUUUAUGGCUGCAGGUGUGAUUCCUGUGACGCACGCUUCCGGCGGCCCACUUCAUGAUAUUGUUGUGCCUCUGGACGGUGAAGCAACGGGAUUCCAUGCACAUGAUCCGCAGAGCUUUGCGAACGCCAUGCACACGGUGCUGAGCAUGAGUAAGUCGGAGCAGCGAGCGAUGAGGACGCGUGCACGUACCUGGGCUGUAAGCGCAUUCGCCGAGGAGCGCUUUGUGGAGGGUUGGGAAGCUGCUUGGAAAGGGUGGGUCAUAUGA